GUUGUCAACGGACUCGGGCAAGCCGUAUUGUAUCACUGUCAAAUGUCAACUGCAAAUAGUCAACUGUGCGUCUGGUGUGUUGUGUGUUUUGUGUCUCUUGUGUAUUUUAUAUUUGAAAAGAAAAUACUUUAAGAUCAUUAGGUUUCCUGAUAUACAAAUACAUGGAUCUUCUAACUUUAGAAAUGAUGUCACUAUAUUUUAACCUUUUAUGAACUAAAAUGCAUAAAUAACUGCACUGCGCUCGAAAGUUCACAAAUAAUACCGAACCGGUUUAGACAUCUUAUAAAUUUUUGUUUAGAGUAACAGGAAUUUUGUAGAAAACUUAUUUUUUUAUUCAAGAUGUGGUUAAUGGUGAAUAAUAUAAUACUGUGUUUAUUAAUAACUAAUUCCAUCAUCGCCGAAAACGUUGGUGAUGAAUGUACUCCAAGCUCAAGUACUGGUGAUGGUACAUGUACAUUGGUUUCUGAUUGUCCAGCAGCAAUAAGGGCGAUCAAAAAUAAAAGGUUUCAUGAGUUCCAAAGAUGUGGAUUCGAUGGUUUUCAAGAAAUUGUAUGCUGUCCUCUUACAACAGACAAAUUCGGUGCAACCGAGACUUCACCAAAAGUUGCACAAAGGAUUACUGACAGAGAAUGCAAAACGAUCCUCGCCGGUACGAUACCGCCGCUAGACUUACACAUACUCGGCGGUGAAGAGGCAUCGCUUGGGGAAUUUCCACAUAUGGUGGCGCUUGGCUUCGAUAAUGGUGGCGGUGAAUACAGAUUUGACUGCGGCGGCUCCUUGAUAUCUAACUACUAUGUGUUGACCGCGGCGCACUGCAUCGAUACGGCUGACAGGGAACCGCCAUCUGUAGUGCGAGCGGGAGUCGUUAAUAUUGGGGGUCCUGCGUGGGACGACGAGACAGACUAUCGUGUCGCCGAAACUAUAUUACACCCGAACUACACUCGUCGAGAGAAAUACCAUGACGUGGCGUUGUUGAGGUUAGACAGACCUGUCCAGUUUUCAAGCACUCUAAAUGCUGUGUGCCUCUUCAGUUCAAACGAAAACCCGACAUCUAAACUAACAAUAACCGGAUGGGGAAGAACAAGCAACACUCGAGACAUCAAGAGUACUAAGUUGCUGAAAGCAGAUGUGGUUGUAGUUCCAAGUGACAAAUGCGGUGAAUCAUAUACCAAUUGGCGGAAAUUACCGCACGGAAUCUCACAGGAGAUGAUGUGCGCGGGAGAUCCGAGCGUGCGUGACACGUGUCAGGGCGACUCUGGCGGGCCUCUUCAGCUAAUGGAGAAGGACGGUUUGUAUCGGCUGGUGGGCGUGACGUCAUUCGGGCGCGGCUGCGGUUCGUAUGUACCAGGAGUGUACACGCGUGUCAGCAAUUAUCUAGGCUGGAUAGAAAGUAUUGUUUGGCCUAAUUAAUGUAAUUGUGAUUUCAGUAGAGAAUUAUGGUACAAAAUACUUUACGCGUGCACUUUAUAAUAUACAGGUGAAUUUUUCAGGGUGGGUGUGGAGGGACCAUUCCUACAGGGAAUGGUGAAAAACGGUUAAAAGAGUCUUAAGACUGAUUUAAAGAAAAAAAAAUAUCAUUAUGUAUAUGAAAAAUUUCUUGUCGCAGCCAGUAUUCAAUCCCGGCAAC